AUGGAGCACGUCCAGCGGACCAUGAGCAGUCUCCUCGAGCGCGAGAAGGCGCGAGAGAGGCAGGCUAUGGAAGCUGCGCAGCGUGAGAGGGACAUUGCCGUCCUCAGCAGGGAGAUGGACAGGAAGAUGAAGCUUGGGUUCGGGGAGAUCCGGAACGAGCUGUUCCAGAACGACAUGAAUUCUGAACCAGGGCCGCCGCGGUCAGAGUAUGUGAUGCGAAUGUACUCGACACCUGCGCGGUCUGUCGAUGACCGGACGUACUGGGCCGGCAGACCCGGCGCGCCGCCGCCCGAUCUCAACCAGUUAGAGAUGGACCAGCUGUGGGAGGGCAGGCGACAGCUCGAUCCUGAGUACGCGAACCGGAUCCAAGGCCGGCAAGAUCCCAGGCUGGAAUUCGACAGACGGUCCUCGUUCAGCUCCCGGCUCGACCCGGAGCAGAUGCAGAGAGCCAUCCAGGCCGGCGUGGAGGUUGCCCUGAGCGAGCUGGAUAACAGCUACGGCGCUCCCAGUCCUCUCUCGCAACGGCCUGCCUCGACUGUCUACGGAACGAGCCCGACCGCCCGACGGCAUUCGCAGCAGAUGUGGCCUAACGGAAUGUACAGAGCCGAGACGAUGGAGCCGCGGGGCAGCCCCUUUGCGCCCCCGUCGCCCGUCGAACAGCGCAGAGCCUUCGACAGGCACGCGGCGGACAACCCGCAGACGGAAGCGGAAUGGGUCGGCCGCCCGCGUCCGCGGCGGAGAACCGAAGGGAUGAACAUCACCGUCCAGCGGAGCGGCGCGCCGGGGCGGUCCGCCUCCCACAGAGACAAGCCGCGGUCCAGACCGGAAAUACAGAUGAGCGGGGGACGGGGUCCGACGUACCAAGAUGUGGGCGCAUCCACCGCCAUUGUUCGAAGAAUACCAGCUGAUCAAGUUGGGCCUAGAAGAUUGUAUCCUAACGGGUACCGAGAACCGUAUUUUGAGGAGGACACGGACUCGGACGAGUCGAAUGCGCAGACGCUGGCCAGGUAUCCGCCGCCGCCAGUGCCUGACCCCCCCAGGUGA